AAUUUCUGGUGACAUCCUUUUUGAGAAAUUGACAUCGAAAUUCAAAGUCUUUGCUCGAGCUCGCUGUGUUGCACGACAAGUUCCAGCUACAGGGGCGACGGUGAUGGCGAUGGCGAAGGUGGCGCGUGUCUCCUUCGGGUCUCAACUGAAGAAAACCUGUUUGCUCUCUCCACAACGCUCGUUCUCGGCCUUAAAAUCCGCUACCCGAACGGCUCCUCCCCCUUCGACGUCCAAGGCUUCUGCCACGAGUGGGCAAGCGUCUGCUACAACCUCGUCCGGUGUCUCAAGAAAAUCUGCGACCAAGAAUGAGAAGAAAGUGAAAAAGGCUCCCCCUGCUCCAGACAGUACGGAGGCACAUCUCAAACAAAUAGAAGGCAUGAUGAACAUGGCAAACACGUCGAAUCUGUUUCCAACCAUGGAUAUGUGGGGUACUAAGUUAGUGACUCUCGACAUAGAAAUACCACGCGAUGCUUCACUGCGUAUGCUUUUCACAAACCCUGGCGCAUUUUGGCAUGCGAAACAGCACAAUUUCUCCAAUUGGUUGAAAAACACGUUCAGCAUGUAUACCAUCGCCAAAGCUCGAGCUUUUACUGGAGUAGAUUGUGGUUUUCGAUUUAGUCACUUAUUCCUACCACGUACAUGGCGUCAACUGGGCAACGUAACCUCACAUUCUUCAACAUCCUGGCUAGCACCAAUGCGACGCACUGCAAUGGAUAACUAUCUGGCCAUAGGCCGUGCCAUGGCUGACAAGGAUGAAGCUACCCUGAAAACACUGACAACAGCCGACUAUGCCACUAAGGUGAACAAGAUUGUUCGCACUCGUAAACCUGGCCAGGUUUGGCAAUGGAAUGUUCUAAGUGAUGUCUCAGACAAAGCCCUCUUCCAAGAGAAAAGCUUAUUCCGUCCACUUACGAUAUCGCCAGGAGCUACCAUCGUAUCUAUCCGUUCUGGUGAGGUUUAUAUUGCGAAGGAACCUCCGAAGCGCGGCAACCGGCUGGUGAUACAUGCACUAGUCAAGUUUGAGACCACGCAAGAAUUCGAGGUGUUCACCAAGCAGGGCCAGCCUGUAGAGGCUCAAUCUGCGAAGCCCCAUCAUGUCGUGGAAUAUCUUGUGCUCGAGAAAGUGGGUUGGUAUGACAAUACAUGGCAGGUGCGGGACCAGAUCUACAAGUAAAGGGGUGCUGGAUGGCGGAUAUAAUGGGAGUUUGUGAUUAGAUCUCUGUCAAGUUUCAUUUUGCAGAAAUGCGGGAUACAAGCGGUUGCCUGCGGUCGUGCGAUGGGCUAAGAAAAGUGCACAUUCAAUACAGUAGUCGUUUUCAGUAAGGCGAAAAUAAUUGUACCAUAGACCCAAGUAUUUUAGUCGUGGACCAGGA